CGGCCAUGGCGCGGGCGGGGCGGGCGGCGGCCGCGGGGCCGGGCGAGCCGCCGCGGGGCCGGCGGGGGAGCAACAGCCGCGGCCCCGCGGAGCGCCUGUAGCCGCCGCCGGGCCGCAGGCUGGCGAGCCGGGGCGCGCUGGCGGCGGCGGCGGCCGAGGAGAAGGAGGAGGAGGCAGGCGGGAGCCAGCCGCCGGCCGCGCCGCCGCCCCACAAGAGGAUGAAGAAGCGGAAGGAGCUGAACGCCCUCAUCGGCCUGGCCGCCGACGGCCGCAGGAAGAAGCCCGCCAAGAAGGGCUCUGGCCACCGGCUGCUGCGCACCGAGCCGCCCGCCUCCGACUCCGAGUCCAGCUCCGAGGAGGACGAGUUCGCCGGGGCGCGGGGCCGCUGCGGAAAGGGAGACUACCUGCGCUGCUGCCGGUUCUGUUACCCUUUGUGUGCGUUUGUCAUUCUUGCUGCUUGUGUGGUCGCGUGUGUUGGCCUAGUCUGGAUGCAGGUGGCUCUCAAGGAGGAUUUGGAUGCAAUAAAGGAGAAGUUUCGAACAAUGGAAUCUAAUCAAAAGACAUCAUUCCAAGAAAUUCCUAAACUGAAUGAAGAUUUGGUGCAGAACCAAAAGCAGCUAGAACAAAUUGAGACUGGAGAACUGGGGCUGAGUAAAAUUUGGAUCAAUAUCACAGAGAUCAAUAAACAGAUAUCACUAUUGACCUCAACAGUAAAUCAUCUCAAAAACAACAUAAAAUCUGCUGCUGACCUGAUUUCUCUUCCCCUCACAGUAGAGAAACUUCAGAAGACUGUAGCCAACAUAGGCAGCACCCUUACCAGUGUGGCUCAUGAUGUUGAAAAUAUACAGACAGCUAUUGAGGAAUACAAGAAAUCCAUAGAAAUACUCCAGAAUGAUGUGAAGGAAUUAAAACAGCUGCCUUCACUUCCCUCCACUGUUGUGCCAGGGACUGAGGGAAAUCAGACAGAAUACUGCAAAAAGGAAAGCCAGGCACUGCAUGCAGCUUUGGAACAGCUAAAUAAUUCUGUAGUGGUGUACCAAAAGUUGAAUGACAUCAAGCUUCUAAAUAUGGAUUCAGCCAUUGGCAACCUCAGCCGGAAAGUUACGCUGCUGGAAAACUCUCCCCUGGUUGUGAAAAAUCCGGACAAAAGAGAGAACUCAUCCACCAUCGUGGGGAAUAAUGCAACUACCUCUCUAGAAGUGGAAAAUGAAGAUCAACUAGAUAGUGAAACUCAGUCAAAUAAAGAACUGAAGGAAGCAGGAGCUAGAGAUCCUCAGGUAUCAAAACUAAAAGAGACUCUUCAGCUGAUCAGUGCUCUCACAGGCAAGUCAGAAAAUGACAGACCCAUCGAGGCAUCAAAUAAUGUUGAAAGUAGUCAGAGUACUACAGCAAAGCCCACAGACCUUUCAAGGGUGGCUUCAAGGUCAGCUGGUGACAACACAGAGAGAAAUGGGCAGCUGAGCCAUCUGUCCUUACCAGGAAUUUCCAGCAUUGAAGAUCUUCAGAAACUGUUUGAAAAAGCACCUGCAGAUGCUGAUGGAAAACUCUCAUACAAAGAUCUUCAAAAGCUGUUUGGCUCUGCAGCCCAAGAAUCACAGAGCUUUAAGGAGUUUGACACAGAUGGAGAUGAGAAAUACACACUAAAAGAACUGAGAUUAGCAUUAGGUGUAUAGGGUAUAGAUUUAGAAAUGUGAUACUGGUGGGUGUUACUGUAGCUAAAGGAAGCUACAGGACAUGAAAAACUUAUGGCUGCACUUUCCCAGUGUUUACUGAUCUUUGGAGCUAAAUUACUGUACACAUUGCCACCUCUUUUUUUCAGUUGCAUUUAUUGAAAAGAAAUCUACAAAUUUAUAUGUCGAUAGGACAUAAUAUUGGGACUUGUUAAAAUCCAGAAAAUUCCCAAACUUGGAAACAUUUUCCUCUCAUUAUUUCCUUUUCAAGGGAGUUGCUUAUAAUUUAAAAUGUGUACAUACUAAAAUAAAACAAUGGUUUUAUAUUUCACUGAAAUUUGCCUUAAAUUAGAGAGCUGCACUUUAUGUAGAGCAGAAGAAAAACUGUCUUGUGAAGAUGGGCUGCUUCUGCUUGUAAAUAUUUGAGAUAGAGUAAAUUAUGCAUAUUUAAGGAGAAGUUGUGUCAGGGGCUGUGUUGGUAAUAAGCUGUUUAUAAUGAGAGACUGAGCCUGGAAUGGGGGUUUAAGAGAUUCAGCUAAAAUUUUGAUUUUUACUAACUAUAUCCAUGAAUAAAUUUGGCCUCAGUCAGAGGAAAGCAGGAGGGGUAAGUCAUGCCCAUCUAUAGCAGGAUGUAUUUUUAAAGGGAAGAGUUGAAAGUGUUUUUAUAUCAUGAGCCUACAGGAGCAAUUAACUUGCCGAGUGCUUGAGUUUUCACUUCAGCGUUGUUUAGGCUUUGCUGUGUUGCAUUCAGAUUUAUAUUUUGUGAGAUGAGCCUGUCUAUUUAUUUUUUUUUAAAUGAACAUAUUUAAUAGCUUUAAUAGAUGCUUAAGAGGUAAAAGCCUACAGUGCAGCCUGCUGAGCAGCACCUGAGCAGUUCAUAUCUCAGCGGUGCUCUGGUACACUCCAGGAGUGUGAGCAGGUGGGAAGGCCCAGAGAACACUUGUGAGCUCUUUCCUGACUAUUGUGACUGUGAUCCCUUCUUGGUACCUUCAUUUUUUGUCUCCUUGCCAACAGAAGGAUGUAAAAAGCUGUGUAGGCAUGUGCAAUCACAUCAUCAUUCUGUACUGACACGUGGUUUGUAUGUGAGAUUUCCUUACUAGAGGAACUUAGAUCUGUUCAUAGUAGUGGAUCUAAACACAGAGUGUAUUUAUUACCUUCUGGAACAUUGAAAAAUGACUUUUGCAGAGGGGAUUCUGUUGCAAGCUAGAUCAGGGCCAAGUUGGGUGAUUUUGCUCACAAAUAUCACUGAUCUUGUUAAGAAUUUUUUGCAUGAUUAGUGAGUUGGAAUUGCCCACCUCGCUGAAACAUCAGCUGACGAGGAAGUCAGUUCACAAUUGUUGACUUUUAUAUAACUUUAGACUGGAUGUUUUAUCAAUAAUUGUAUUUUGGAAGUAUGAAUCAGCAAAGGAAUGUACAAAUUGGAGCCCUGUUACCCAUUUCCUAGGCUUCUUUCACUGUUGCUCUUCUAUCCUGUUUGGGUAAUGCAGAUGCCAGCCAGUACCAAAAUGCUUUUGAUGUGACAUUUGAACAAAACAAAACCAACCAACCUUGGCUUCAGAGAGGACAAGAAGCCAACACUUGCUUCUUGCCACUUCCCAUACCCUUUUAUACAUUACUGUAUAAAUCCUUAACCAAAUAAAGGAAAAAAGCAAUAAAAUGUAACCAUUCUGAUAUUUUAUUUGUACAUACUGUAUCAUAGCCAUAUGCCAGAGUUUGCAAAAUAUUUUUGGAAGUUUAUUUGUAUGAAAUUUAACUUUACCUUAAAAUUUAAAAGAUUAUAGUACUGCCUUGUGAAUCUUUAAUGUUUUGUUUUGUUGCAGUCUGCUUUACUUUUAGAGGGCUUUUCAGAAAGCAGCAGUAGUGAAAAUGCCAGCUAGACCUGAUGUGUGCUGUUGCACUGCCUGUGCCCUGGUCACGGCUGGGACACGGCUGCUUCUUACCUUGCAUGUCGAGGGCACAGUCGAUGGCUAAUUGCUGUGGUCAUUUAUAGAAUUGGCUCGUGCUGUCAAUUAGACAAAAUCCGAGCAUCCCUAAGUACAGUGGUCUGUUCUGUGCUGCAGCCUGGGAGCACCGGUCCCAUCCCAGCGAGGUUUCUGCUACACCGCUCUCCAUCCCGCACGCUUCCCAAAGCCCUGAUGCCCGGUGUGGGCAGGGUUCUCUCCCGUGUUUAUUCACAGUGCAGAUGAAAAGCCGUGGGUGUAGUAAAUGCACUCGUCCGGAUCCCCUAACUCGUGCAGCUGCUGCUGGGGUACCAGAGGGGCGGCUGGAUGCUCUGGGCAGCGAGUCCUUGAGAAAAAUGCGAUAUCUGAGUGAAAUCAAAAGCAAUGAAGUUGUGAGAACAAACUAAGAGGAAAAGAGCUCUGCCCUGCCCAGACUUCCUGCUGUGCCGUGAUUCCUGGGCUCGCUUUCGGGGUGUACCUGUGGGUUUGGGUGACCACUGUGUCCCCCUGCGGCCACCGAUCUGCGCCGGGAGCGGGGCCGUGCCCACCGCGCUUGUUCUCUCCGCGGCGCUGGAGCAUGUAACGCGGCUUUGCUCUCAAUAAAAGCUCCUUUCCAGCG